GCUCCCAAAAACAUAUUUUGUAAGGCUUUUAAAACUCCAAGUUUUGAGUGCGUUAAAUUGCUAUUUAGUGCUCAAAAUUUUGACUCUUCAAGUCCUUUUGAGUCUCCAAUUUUUCGGAUUCAUAUGGCCCAUCUCUUUAAAAAGACCUCUGUUAGCUUGAAGACAAUUAUCUAUUGACAGUUCCGUUCUUUUGACAUUUUCCUGCUUUGCCCAAAGAUGAGAGCCUCAUUGCGUCAUGGAAAAUAUUAUAAAAAAUGCAAUCGAAUUAACCAUUGGCUAGAAUUAAAGGCCAUUCUUGUCUGAAUUAGGUUUGACUGUAUAAUUUCCUGUCUUAACAAGGGCUUGACAGAUUCAUCGCUUAGGAUAGAAAAAAAAUAGAUAACCUGGACUUAAAAGGUUUUUUUUCUUCUUUUGUGGUCUUCCUUAUUGACAGAUGAGCAGAUUGAGUCAUUGACGCAGGCUGAAUUAUUGACGUGAACAGAAGAUACAUCCUGUCUUUUAAAUUUUCUUUCUUGUUCCUUCUACUUCUUUUCAACCUUUGUUUCUCUCAAAUCCUUUUAAAUGAUGUUCCCUUCACCUGAAACUUCCAAUGAUAAACAUUACCCUCGCAAGUGGGACAAUGGAGACCAUAGGAUUACAUCCAAAAAGCACGGGUCCAUCAGGAUUUUUCAUAUUUCUUGCUGUUCUUAACAUCUUUUUCUCCAUCACUGCCUUUUUGGGCAACGCUUUGAUCUUAACUGCUCUCCGCAAAGUGACUUCUAUUCACCCUCCGACAAAGCUGUUAUUGCAAUGCUUGGCAAUCAAUGAUCUUCUCGUGGGACUUCUUCUAUUGCCUCGCUUGGCAGUAAUUAGUUCAUUUGUGACUCAAAACACGCAGGAAAAUAUUUUAUACUACAGCAGCGCUAUAGCUAUCUUUUUGAUAACAGUAUCCGUACUAACAUCGACUGCAAUAUGUUUAGACAGGCUUCUAGCGCUGCUUUUGGGGCUGAGAUACAGACAUAUUGUCACAUUUAGUCGUGCAGGAGCCACCAUGAUAUGGAUUUGGUUCAUGGGCUGUGCUGUGAUCGGAUUAAUAUUCGGCACGGGGUAUUUUGAUUGGGCUCGCUUUGCAAUGAACUUAUUGAUGUUAUUAUCUUUAUUAAUAUCGUUCUUUUCGUACGUAAAGAUUUAUCUCCUUCUCCGUCGUCAGCAACUGCAAUUACGGGGCCACUUCCAACAAGUGCAAACGCGAAAUGAAUUCAUGCCACUGAAUAUAGCACGAUACAAGAAGACAGUCUAUAGUAUUGCAUGCGUGCAGGUUGCUUUGCUUAUUUGUUAUCUUCCCUUUACUAUUGUGGGUAUGCUAUUGACAUCACGUAAAAUACCUGAUGCUUUGGGAUCUUCUUUCUUUCGAGCUACAAUCACAAUUCUUUGCUUUAACUCAUCGCUAAACCCGAUACUUUACUGCUGGAGGAUAAGAGAAGUGAAACAAGCUGUGAAGGACACGACAAGACAAUUAAACUUAUGUCGUGCAUCAAUUUAGUUGUGGUACACGAUUUCUUAGGUGUACUGAUCAUAACUUUAAUCCACAUCAAAUAAUUACUUUACCAGAAUGUAACCAAUAUUUAGAUGAGUGUAAGCAUCCGGUGACUUGGACCUCCUGCGGUGUACAGGGUUAAGAAUUAUCUUUUGUAUUAUUUACUUUCAUGUUUUGUGAUUUGGUCUGACGACGGACUAAUCUAUACAUGCAAUAGAUAUUUGAAUAGUGUAAAGUUAAUGAAUCGACUCCUUUGUUGCUUCAGAAAAGAUUACUAUAAGAUAAUUAAUUAUCCAAAAAGUGAGGGUUUUUGUUAAAAAAGAUCCAUUAAAUUUUCUGUGACUGAGACGAAAAAAUUCCAAAAUAUAAUUGUCCAGGUUAAAUUAUUUUGACACUAAAUAGCGAUCUUAUUAAGUCUUUCUGUUUAGACUGUAAAGCUAACCUAUCAUCGAAUUUUCGGGUAUUACGUGAUCUUUGAAUAUUCAAUGAAAAAAAAAAUGGUUCAAGCCCUUCGAAGGUUGACCCCGCAAAGAGUAAAUAACUUCAAUAUAAAGUUUGAUCGUUCAAUGAAUGGUUAUGACUUGACUUGGGACAAAAGCGGCUUUUCUCCCAUUUUGGUCAAAUUUCGCACUUUUCAAUGAAAAACCCGCUCUUACUUUUGUUGUUGUCUUUAUUUAACGUUGUAAUUACAGGUUGGAAAUUAGCCUUUGCGACACACUGACUAUUAUACUGUUUUACAAAACUAGAAUGUGAAGAUUUACAACGUCAGUCAACAAAUUUGAAUGUAAAGAUCCACAACGUCAGUUAGCCAUGUGUAUACAUUGGAAUAAUCUAAUAAAUUUCUUCAUCACUGCA